AUGGACGCGUAUUUACUCCACGUCGUGAACCACGUCAUGAAGACGCGAACGCGCGUGACGAAGAACAACGAGGCGCUGUUGAAACGCGCCAAGGCGAUCGAGGCGCGUUCUAUACACUGGGACCAGGGCUUCGUGCGACCGACCGUGCUCAUCCUCACGCCGAUGCGGAGCACCGCGGGGAGGAUCGUGCGACGCAUGCUGCAGCUGUGCCCGGCCGCGCACGGGCGAGCGGACGCGGUGAAUAAGCUGGAUCGCUUCGCGGACGACUUCGGCGACGGCGACAGCGACGACGACGACGACGACGACGGCGGCGGCGACGACGGCGGGAAGAAACGGAAGAAGGCGAUGUGGAUUCCCGAGGACCACAAGCAAGUGUUCAGAGGGAACACGGACGAUCACUUCCGACUGGGGGUGAAGGUCACGAAAGCGAGCGUGCGGAUGUACGUGGACUUCUUCGGGUCCGACGUCUUGGUCGCGUCGCCGUUGGGCCUCGUCACGCGGCUUCAAGAGUCCGGCGCGAACGCGAGCGACUUCCUCUCGUCCCUCGAGGUGUUAAUCAUCGACCACGCGGACGUCAUCGCCGCGCAGAAUUGGAACCACGUCGUGACCACAGUGCAGAGCGUAAACGCGCUUCCGAAGGAAACGCACGGCACCGACGUCAUGCGCGUGCACGAGACGCACCUCAACGGCCACGCGAAGCAUCUGCGCCAGACCGUGUUGCUGUCCUCGCACGCGUCCGCGGAGAUGAACGCGCUGAUGCGGAAUGAGUGCGCCAACGUGGAAGGACGGGCGCGGUGGAGGGAGACGCACGCGGGCGUCCUCGGCGUCGCCGCCAACUCGGUGCGAAACGCGGGCGGGCUGCGGCAGCAGUUUGAACGCGUUCCAGACGCGCCGAUCGACCGUGCGGACGACGCGCGGUUCAAACACUUCACGCGGAGGGUUCUGCCGAAGCUUCGAGAGAACCCGCAGCCCGGGUCGUUGCUUUUCGUGCGGUCGUACCUCGAUUUCGUUCGCGUGCGAAACGCGUUGACAAAGGCGGAGGUGUCGUUUUGCGUCAACUCCGAGUACACGGACCUGAAGAACGGCGCGCGCGCGCGGUCGCUGUUCGCGGACGGCCGCAAGCGCGUCCUCCUCGUGACGGAGCGCGCGCACUUCUAUCACCGACGGCGGAUUCGCGGCGUGCGCGAGGUUUUUUUCUACUCGUUGCCGGACCGAGAGAAAUUUUACUCCGAGAUGGUCUCGUUCCUCGGCGACGACGCGAGCGACGCGGACGGGACGCGGCUCAGCGCGCCGACCGCGAACGUCGCGUUCAGCGCGUACGACGCGCUGCAGCUCGAGCGCGUCGUCGGGAGUAAGCGCGCGAAGAAGAUGCUCGCGCCGGACGCGAACAGCACGUUCAUAUUCACGUGA